CGUGGCCGAGGAGCUUGUCUUCACCUCUGUCCCAACAGGCAGAGAUACUGAUGGAAAGCAACGUGCGGGCUCCGGCUGCGGAGAUGCCUCGGUGGGAUGUCGGGAGGCAGCCGUCGGGCAAGAUCCUCUCCCUGGACAGGCAAGGGGCCAAGAAAGUGCUGGAGAUUUAUGUCAGGCGCUCGCUGAGCUGCAGGGAAAACCCACCAGUGGCCAAACAAAGCCCACGGGAGAAAACUGGAAGGCGGGGGAGGAAGACAGACGGGCUGCAACGGUCAGAAAGCGACUUCUGUACGUACCCAUGUGCCAAAUCCAGCCCCAGGAAGGACCAGGAGGAGGGACUGAAAGUGCUGGACCUGGAAGAGGCUCCGGAUGAUGACAGCAAAUCUCCCCAGGAGGUCCCUAAAGAGGGGACGAAGCCCAAGAGGAAAAGCACAAAAAACUCUUCCCAACAUUCUGGUUCCAAACCGACCUGGCUGAAAAGCUUCUUAAAUUUCUUCUUCAAGAGGAGCCCCGAGGAGCAGAAGGAAAACUCGGGGCAAAAAGCGAAGGAGAAAGAUGCCAAAGCUUCUCAGGGCUCCAAACCAGAAGGAGCCAAGAAACACAGAGUGGACUCGAGCACGUCCCCAACACCAGGCAGAGCCUCGAAGAGGAAAACAAGCAUCAAGAAGGUUUUCUCCUUGAAGAAGCACGGGGAGGAGGAGCGGGGAGAGACGGGGUCCGGAGUGAGGACCAAGCGCCCCGGCUGCCUUCCCCUGCGGCACGUCCUGGCCCCGGCCACGCCAGCAGAGGUGGAGCGGCCCGAUGGCUACUACAGAGAGGUCUCAGAAGAGAUUGGGCUGAUCGUGCAGGGCAGCGAGAGCCAGGGGAGCAGAGCAAGUGGAUUUGGGGAGCCCCCACAGCCACCUGGCACCGAUGGGGUUGACGAACCCAUCAGGAGAAUCGUGGCCCUGCUCCGGAGCGCAGGAGAUGAGCUGGACAGGCAGAUGAGGGAGGACGCGCGGCUGCAGCUGUUCUUCAGGGACAUGUCCUACAGCUCCUUCAAGAGCUUGGCCGACGCCUACGUCCAGCGGGAGAUGACGGCCAGCAGAGCUGACGCCAACCCCCAGGAGAUCCAGUUUGCCUUCACGGUCCACCUGACGGCCAGGCUGGCUGGGAUCCGCAGCCAGGCAGUGAACAGGAUCAUGGGCUUCGGCACGCGGUACCUGGAGGAUUCGUUUGCGCCCUACGGCAAAAUUGUCCGGAACAGAGAAAAGCUCAGGACAGACCACUGUGACAGCCCAGACUGACAUCAGCUGCUGUGAAGGGCCUGUGGUGCCUGGGAACCCAAGGACGAAGAUUUGCUGGUGGGAGGACAAUCCCUGAUGGUGACCUGGAUGUGGAGUGAAUUUCUCAGCCAUGGAUUUAAAAUCUUCGAAGGAAAAACCUGAGCAGCAGCCAGAGCAGUGUGAAAUGCUAAAACCCCUCCUGGCUGGGGGCAAAGAGUCUGUAAAUCAAACAAAGCCCGGAUUUCACUCUGUGUUUGCAUUUUAGCUCCUGCCAAGUGCAUGUGUUGAACCUCAGGGGUUGUUGGUGUUUGUGUACGUGUAUUUAUUUACCUGCUUUUCUAUACGUGUCUGUGAAUGUACAGCAUAAUUUUUGUAGUUUCU